AUUUUCGAAUCCUUGAGCUUAUAGCCCAAGCUCCUACCCUUGACUCCUUGCUCUGCCUAUAAAAACUCUCAUAGUAUCGCUCUCUAACACACCAACACCUCUAUACAACGCUGCACCGCACAUUACAUUCCACCUUAUUCCCUAGCUACGAUAAUUCUCUCUAUCGUCGUUGCAUAUCUCGUUUCUUUUUUUUUUUGAAAAAAAAUAUCAUGUCAAGGCCCAUGGAGCCACUUGCUGUAGGUAGAGUUGUGGGAGAAGUGGUGGACUCAUUCACCCCAAGUGUGAGAAUGGUUAUCACUUACCAUUCCAACAAGCAAGUUGCCAAUGGCUAUGAGUUCAUGCCUUCUUUCGUUGCCACUAGACCUAGAGUCGAGAUUGGUGGUGAGGACUUGAGGACUGCUUAUACUCUCAUCAUGACAGACCCUGAUGCUCCAAGCCCCAGUGAUCCGCACUUAAGAGAACAUCUCCAUUGGAUGGUCACCGACAUUCCUGGCACAACUGAUGCUUCCUUUGGAAGAGAAGUUGUGAGCUAUGAAACUCCAAAACCGGUGGUUGGUAUCCAUCGAUACGUGUUCAUCCUGUUUAAGCAGAGAGGAAGACAGACGGUGAGUCCACCAGCUUCAAGAGACCAUUUCAAUACCAGGAGGUUCUCAGAAGAGAAUGGAUUGGGCCUACCGGUGGCUGCUGUGUACUUCAAUGCACAGAGAGAAACUGCUGCAAGAAGAAGAUGAUGCCGUCAUGUCAAACUCCUUUUCCAGAUUUCCUUCCUUAUAAUGAAAAUAAAGAUUGUCUUCUGAGUCAUGUGAUACUACGCUUAGUGGAAGUGUCAUUAUCAGAAGUAUCUCCACAUUUUAGGCUGAUUGCUAUAGUUUUCCUUUUGGUUUGUAAUGGCCGAAUGGGAGUGUUCUCUGUCGACUCUCAAGGAAAGUAGCAGCAGCAGUAGUAGUAUUGUAAUUGUCAAGCAUUUAGCUUUAUGUAGAUAGGAAACUGUUUCUAUCAGACAAUGUGGGCCCACCCUAUCAGGAGGAUCUACACCUGUGUCUUUAUCUGUAUCUGUAUUGGGAAAUUUGGAAAAGGAUUUCGGAUGCUAUAUAUACCUAUGAGCAUUAGCUUGUAAGGCUAUAUUUUACC